UCGAUUGGAAUAUCAUAAAAAGGCCAAUAAGCUGCCCAAUUUUAUGAUUCAGUGACACAUUGUCUCCCCAAGCCAGCCAACUGCACGUUCACUCAAAGCCCUCCAGUAUGGCAUAAGGCAUCAACAUUGAGUGUUGUGCCCAAGAAAGCAUCCUUGCUCCAAGCCUCACGGCAGCCAGCUCCUCCACUCCGGCGGCCUCCUCCUCCGCAUCGGCGUUGUCUUCCAUGACCUCGUCUUCGGAUAUUGACCGAACCCCGAGAGAAGGGGGUUCCAAGGUUCGCAAGGAACCCCGGAAAGCCCAGGAACUUGACAAUAGUGCUGAGGAUGAGCCUAGUAAAAGGCGUAAGGGCAAUAAUGAGGGGAAGCACCCAACUUACCGUGGGGUUCGCAUGCGCAGUUGGGGCAAAUGGGUGUCCGAAAUCCGUGAGCCCAGGAAGAAAUCAAGGAUAUGGCUUGGUACUUUCCCAACUGCCGAAAUGGCUGCCCGAGCCCACGAUGUGGGUGCCCUGGCCAUCAAAGGCCGCUCCGCUUACCUCAAUUUCCCUGAACUAGCAAUGGAGCUGCCCCGCCCGGCAUCUAAUUCUCCUAAGGACAUCCAGGCUGCUGCGGCAAAGGCAGCUGCCACCACAUUAUCCGAACAAAGCCGUGCCCGCAGUGCUAGCAGCGGAUCCGAAGCUGAGACAAGCCAAGUAAGCGUCAAUUUGUCACGUGAAAGCUCCACACAGGAAUCGACAAGCUGUGCAUCGACCGGCGAUUGUGAUGAUGCUCUGUUCGACUUGCCCGAUCUCUUCAGCGACAGUGUGGAUCGGGGGAUUGGAUUUACAUUCUCUAGUUCUUCUUCAUCUUCUUCGUUGUCCUGGCAGUUGUGCGGCGCUGAUUCUGGGUCUCGUAUGGAAGAAACAUUUUUAUGGGAGUAUUACUAAACUACUAGUGGAUGAUGAUUCAGUGACUUUCAUCCAAUACACAACACAAAGCCUAAAGUGUGCUGACAUCUACUGGAUUAUGUAAAAUUCGGUACUAUACAAAACAAGAAUUUCUCUAAACUUCCGACAUGAUUGUAUGAACAUUUCGAAUAAUCGAGACUGCCACAAACUCCCGGUUGCCCCUUUGUUUUCGAUUAA